AUGGCACCACCACCCAAGUUAAGAAAGCUGGCCAUUGUUGGCAGUCGCUCUGUCGGCAAAUCCUCGCUCGCGGUUCGAUAUGUGGAUAACCACUUUGUCGAGAGCUACUAUCCCACCAUCGAGAGCACCUUCAGCAAGGAGGUCAAGGUUAGAAACCAGGACUACGCCCUCGAGAUCGUCGAUACUGCCGGCCAGGAUGAGUACAGCAUCCUGAAUUCGAAGCACUUCAUCGGCAUCCACGGGUACAUGCUCGUCUACUCUGUCUCCUCGAUGCAGUCCUUCGAGAUGAUCCAGGUCAUUCGAGAGAAGAUCCUAAAUCAUCUGGGCAGCGAGAAAGUCCCCAUCUGCAUCGUCGGCAACAAGAGCGACCUGCGGCCCGAACAGCGCCAGGUCAGCACCGAGGAUGGCAAGAAGCUGGCCGAUAAGUUUGGCUGCGCCUGGACCGAGGCCAGCGCCCGGUAUGAUGUCCACGUCGCCAAGGCCUUUGAGCUGCUCAUCGAGGAGAUUGAGAAGUCGCAGAACCCCAACGCCCCGGCCGACGGCGGCAAGUGUUCUAUCAUGUAG